AUGCCGCCCACCUCGAGCCAGUCGGCGGCGGCCAGGAGCGCCCCCGUCACGCCGGCGGGCAAGCCGGGCGCAGGCAGGCCGGGCGGCUACGGCCUCGUGUCGCUCCUCGCGGCCCAGGUCCUGACGAUUGACAAUGCCCGCACGCUCGUCUUCUACGUCGUCGUCUACCGCUAUGCGCUCCGGCUCUGGCGGCACAUUCGCGCGUACGGCGUCACCACGAGCCUCUACCAGCUGUACCACGCCUUUUCCAAGCGCCUCCUCACGCUCCUCCUGCGGAUCCCCGCGGCGAAGCGCAAGGUGGCGCGCGAGCUCGAUGCAGCGACGGCCGAGCUCGAGACGAAGCUGGUGCCUGCGAGCGAGCACAUUGGCACCAACCGCGCGCUGCCGGCCUAUGGCCGCGACAUCGACUGGCUCAUGGAGGAGCUCCGCAAGCUGCAGAUGCUCGAGGCUGGGUCUGGGUCUGGGUCUGGGUCUGGCUCAGCUGCAGCCUCAGCGACAGGGGCAGGUGCAGUUGCAGUUGCAGGCGGCGGCACUGGCUCAGCACCCUGGGAGCAGCGCGACGGCCAGCGCGUCUGGCAGGGCGGCAAGAUCAGCGGCGCCGUCUACCACGGCGGGAGCGAGAUGAGCGACGUGCUGGCCGAGGCCGUCAAGAUGUUUCUCGUCUCGAACCCGCUCCACCCCGAUGUGUUUCCCGGCGUGCGCAAGAUGGAGGCCGAGGUCGUCUCGAUGGUCCUCCGCCUCUACAACGCACCCGACUCGGCCGCGGGCACCACCACCUCGGGCGGCACCGAGUCGAUCCUGAUGGCCUGCAAGACGGCCCGCGAGUGGGGCCGCGCUACCAAGGGCAUCACCGAGCCCGAGAUGGUCGUCUCGACGAGUGCGCACGCCGCCUUUGACAAGGCCGGCGCCUACUUUGGCAUCCGUGUCAUCCACAUCGACGUCGACCGUGUCACGCGCAAGGUCAAGGUCGAGAGCAUGCGCCGGGCCAUGAACCCAAACACUGUCCUCGUCGUCGGCAGCGCGCCCAGCUUUGGCGAGGGCAUCAUCGACGACAUCCCUGCCAUUGCCAGCCUCGCCCGCCGCCGCAACGUCCUCUGCCACGUCGACUGCUGCCUCGGCUCCUUCCUCGUCCCCUACCUCGAGCGUGCCGGCCUGGCCUCGGAGCCGUUUGACUUCCGCGUCGACGGCGUUACCAGCAUCUCGUGCGACACGCACAAGUACGGCUUCGCACCCAAGGGUUCCAGCAUCGUCAUGUACCGCUCCAAUGCCCUCCGCCGGCACCAGUACUACAUCCAGCCCGACUGGCCCGGCGGCGUGUAUGCGAGCCCAUCGAUGGCUGGUUCACGCCCGGGCGCCCUCAUCGCGGGCACGUGGGCCGCCAUGAUGCGCAUGGGCGACGAGGGCUACACGCAGUCGUGCCGCCAGAUCGUCGGCGCGGCGCGGCGCAUCGAGCGCGCCGUCCGCGACGAGAUCCCAAAGCUGCGCGUCAUGGGCCGACCCCUCGUCAGCGUCGUCGCCCUCUCGAGCGCAGGCAGCGUCAACAUCUACGAGGUCGGCGACAAGAUGUCGGCCAAAGGGUGGCACCUCAACGGCCUCGCCACCGACCCGCCGGGCAUCCACCUCGCCUGCACCCGCCUCACCGUGCCCGUCGUCGACGACUUUGUCCGCGACCUCAAGGCCGCCGUCAAGGAGGCCCGCGUCCGCAAUGCCAAGGCCCAAGGGUCCAUGGCCAUGCUCUACGGCCUCGGCUCCAGCAGCGCCGUGGGGCCCAGCCUCGUCAAGGAGAUGGCUGCCCGCUUCCUCGACACCCUCUACCUCGUCAAGUAG